GCUGGAUCAUCCUACUCGUACGCCUAUAUUCUACUAGGCGAAUUGUUAGCCUUUUUAACAGGGUGGUCAAUAUUGUUGGAAUACAUUCUGGGUACGUCGACAGUUGCACGCGGUUGGAGCAGUAUGCUAGAUGGUUUGACCGGAGGUGCAAUCAGUAACUGGAUCAUAAAACACAUUGGUCGCCUCGGCCCGCCGGGCGGUGUUUUGGCCGAAUAUCCGGACCUCAUCGGUGUCGCUCUGAUCCUGAUCGCCGCCGGUAUCACGUGUUGUGGAGUGCGUGGUAGUGCCCGAGUGACCGGGGUGUUUAUCUUCAUCAACUUCUGCGUACUAAUUGUCAUCUCAGUCUACAUGUUCGUGUUCAGCAACACGAAAAAUUUCCAGCUACCCAUCCCAGCGAAUGUGACCGACAUUAAUCCCUAUUCACCCGAUCCGAAGUUUCUACCCUUCGGUGUGAAUGGGCUGAUGGGUGGCGUGGCUAUCUGUUUCAAUGCAUUCAUCGGAUUCGAUGCUAUAUCCACAUGUGCAGAAGAGACAAGAUCGCCGAGUAAAGACUUGCCUCGAGCAAAUUUUGCAGCUGUCUUUUUUGUCUCUCUCAUCACAAUGGUCGCCUCGCUUGCUUUGGCCCUGUACUAUCCGUGGUAUUUGGUUACACCGGAAACACCGUUCCUGAGUGCAUUGAAUGACAAUGUGGACGGUGGGUCGCCCGCAGCCCGAACCGGGAUGUUUUAUUUCGUUGGAGUUGGAUGUCUCAUCGGGCUAACCUCCAGUCUGUUAUCGAAUUUGGUGGCUGGACCCCGAAUCAAUUAUGCCAUGUCAGAGGAUGGUCUACUGCCCAAGUGUUGUUCAAAUGUAUGCCGUCCAUUUCUGACACCGGCAAUUGCCACCGUAUUUGUGGCCCUCGUUACCGCGAUAUUGGAUUUGAUAUUCAGUGUGGAAAGUUUGGCGGAUUUUCUAAGUUUGGGCACUUUGAUUGCCUACUCGAUCGCUUCCAUCGGACUGCUCAGACUGCGAUACGCAAGUCCACCCGAAGUUCGUGUAUUACGUUCCGCCACCAACCAUAAAACUGUACACAAUCCGUUGUCCACGAUAAUCACUACUACGGAAGAUCAUCAUGUUGAAGAGAUCCUGAACGACACUGAUGCGGAAACCCAUCGCAUUGAUCAACCCGGUUACCUCAAAGCUUCCUGGGCAAAAUAUAUGCCCUCGUGUUGCAUCAAACUGUUAAAUCGGGGUAAACCCGGUGAUUCAAUUAUGUUUAUUCUCGCUCUGUAUGUGAUUUUCAUGUCCCUGAUAAUUGUGCUUAUAAAAGUCGGUGCACCGGAAGGAUUGUGGCCAAUGUGGCGCAUUAUCAUCGUCGCGAUUCUGCUGCUGCUCUCGACUGUCUUGAUUGUUCUGAUGUGUGCAUUUGUGCAACACAAAGCACCCUAUCGGGAACUGUUUCGGGACGAAAUGCGAAAUCACGGACAGAUCAUCUGGAAUAUUCCAGAGCCACUUUUUCCUUGUGGUGACAAUACCCUUUUGUUAAACAGUUUGUUCAUCUAUUUCACUUACGGAGUAUGCUACAGUAGCGGAGCUGCACAGGAAGGACAUCCCUGGGCUUUAGGAUCUCCACCGAAGAACACAGAAACUUCGCCCAACUAUGCUAUUGCCAACUCCCGAUGA